UCAGACUAAUAGGCCUAACAAAAGCUAUUCCUGAAGCUAGGAUAUGGGGAGCCUCAGAAAUUGUAUCCUUCCUAUUCAUAUAAGUGAGGACAAAAGGUGUCACUCUUCCAACCCUGGACAUCCCUUCCCUCCCUCAGGGUAUGGCCCUCCUCUUCAUUUUUGGGGCAUAACAUCUUUAUAGGAAAGGGGUAACAUCCCAAUACUAACAGGAGAAUGCUUAGGACUCUAACAGGUUUUCGAGAAUGCGUCGGUAAGGGCCACUAAAUCUGAUUUUCUCGGUCGGUCCUCCUUGUGGUCUAGGAGGACAGGCAAGGGUGCAGGUUUUCGAGAAUGCAUCGGUAAGGACCACUAAAUCCAACCUUCCUCGGUCCUCCAUGUGGUCUGGGAGGAAAACUAGUGUUUCUGCUGCUGCAUCGGUGAGCACAACUAUUCCAAUCAGCAGGGUCCAGGGACCGUUGUGGGUUCUAGGGCAGGGGUUGUUUCUGCUGCUGCGUCGGUGGGUGCAACUAUUCUGAUCAGCAGGGUCCAGGGACCGUUGUGGGUUCUUGGGCAGGGGCAGAAACAAAACAAACCAAAACCAUGGGCAGUUUUGUCUUUCAGAUGGGAAACACUCAGGCAUCAACAGGCUCACCCUUGAAAUGCAUCCUAAGCCAUUGGGACCAAUUUGACCCACAAACCCUGAAAAAGAGGCAGCUCACUUUUUUCUGCACUACAGCUUGGCCCCGAUACUCUCUCUCUGAUGGGGAAAAAUGGCCACCUGAGGGAAGUACAAAUUACAAUACUAUCCUGCAGCUUGAUCUUUUCUGUAAGAGGGAAGGCAAAUGGAGUGAAAUAUCUUAUGUCCAAGCUUUCUUUUCAUUGAGGGAGAAUACACAACUAUGCAAAGCUUACAAUUUACAUCCCACAGGAGGAUCCCUCAGCUUACCCCCAUAUCCUAGCCUCCCUAUAGCUCCCCUUCCUAUUAAUGAUAAUCCUUCUCUAAUCUCCCCUGCCCAGAAGGAAAUAAGCAAAGAAAUCUCCAAAGGAUGACAAAAACCCCCGGGCUAUCGGUUAUGUCCCCUUCAAGCUGUAGGAGGAGGGGAAUUUGGCGCAACCCGGGUACCUGUCCCCUUCUCCCUCUCUGAUUUAAAACAGAUCAAGGCAGACCUGGGGAAGUUUUCAGAUGAUCCUGAUAGGUACAUAGAUGUCCUACAGGGUCUAGGGCAAACCUUUCGCCUCGCUUGGAGAGAUGUCAUGCUACUGUUAGAUCAAACCCUGGCCUUUAAUGAAAAGAAUGCGGCUUCAGCUGCAGCCCGAGAGUUUGGAGAUACUUGGUAUCUUAGUCAAGUAAAUGACAGAAUGACAGCUGAAGAAAGGGACAAAUUCCCCACCAGUCAGCAAGCCACCCCCAGUACGGAUCCCCACUGGGACCUUGACUCAGAUCAUGGGGACUGGAGUCAUAAACAUCUGUUGACCUGUGUUCUAGAAGGACUAAGGAGAAUUAGAAAAAAGCCCAUGAAUUAUUCAAUGAUGUCCACCAUAACUCAGGGAAAGGAAGAAAAUCCUUCUGCCUUCCUCAAGCGGCUACAAGAGGCUUUAAGAAAAUAUACUCCCCUGUCACUCGAAUCACUCGAGAGUCAACUUAUUCUAAAAGAUAAGUUUAUUACCCAAUCAGCUGCAGAAAUCAGGAGAAAGCUCCAAAAGCAAGCCCUGGGCCCUGAACAAAAUCUAGAGACAUUAUUAAACCUGGCAACCUCAGUGUUCUAUAAUAGGGACCAAGAGGAACAGGCCCAAAAGGAAAAGCGAGAAUUGUCCUUUGAGAAACAAGCUGCCCCCUCGUCCAUCUCCACUAUGCUGAGGAAAUCACUGGAAGAUGCACUGCCCCAGAGGAUGAAGGUUCCCUGGGGCCAGGAAAUUGACUUCCUCCUGGACACUGGCGCGGACUUCUCAAUGUUACUCUCCUGUCCUGGACGACUGUCCUCAAGGUCUGUUACCAUCCGAGGAAUCCGGGAACAGCCUGUAACCAGAAUCGAGGCCAUCAAGCUACAGAUGGUCUUACAAAUGGAACCCCAAAUGAGUUCAACUAACAACUUCUACCGAGGACCCCUGGACCGACCUGCUGACACUUCCCCUGGCCUAGAGAAUUCCCCUCUGAAGGACACUACAACUACAGGGCCCCUUCUUCACCCCUAUCCAGCAGGAAGUAGCUAGAGCGGUCAUCGGCCAAAUUCCCAACAGCAGUUGGGUGUCCUAUUUAGAGGGAGGAUUGAGAGGUGACAGCGUGCUGGCAGUCCUCACAGCCCUCACUUGCUUUCCACACUUCCUCUGCCUGGGCUCCCACUUUGGUGGCAUUUGAGGAGCCCUUCAGCCCACCGCUGCACUGUGGGAGCCCCUUUCUGGGCUGGCCAAGGCAGGAGCCGGCUCCCUCAGCUUGCAGGGAGGUGUGGAGGGAGA